GUGUCGUGGCAAAUGCCAAAUGGCGCUCUCCGGCCAUGGCAAUCGCUCCUGGCGCUCGCGAUUUCUUCCACUCCCUGGCCACCAGGAUAGGAUUCUCGGCCCGAAAGUUGCUAGUCUCAAGCGCCAGGAUCCCAUUCCGCUCGCUGAAUCGAGCGUUGAGCUGGAGGAAACGAGGCGCGCUUUCGAUCUCCAGGAUUACGAGGGCGAUGGCAGCCAGGGGUAUGUCACCAGGAUCCCAGUCACCAGGCAGAAGUACAUCCAGGUUUCGAAGCUCGAUUUGGUGACAAGCCUCUCGCAAGGGCUGCGUUCUUCCGCCGGCGACGACGAGGAGGGGAGAUCCCAGUUUCUCACCAUUUGCUCCUGCCUAGAGUCUAUCCUGCAUGCCGAGCACAAAUCCCUGCUCGAGGAGCUUCGCGUGGAUAGUUUUGCGGCCAUUUCCCAGCAAGACCGCAAGAGCACGCUCAACAUCAAGGAGAAUGGGAGGGCAGCAGCACCUUCCAGCAGGACGUCUCGCUUCCAGCAGAAUAUCAUGCUCGUUCUCCGGAGAGCGCAGUUUCAAGAGCUCUCGGCACGGGACUUGCAGCUAACCACAGCUCUGAAUUCCGACUAUCUCCUCACGCUGCCGAUCGACAUCGAUUGGAAGAGCACGUCGUCAGCCAACGUUAUAAUCUUCAGGCGCGGCUACGCAACUGAGAAGCAGGAAGGCUUUCUCUUUGGUGCAAAGCUGGACUACUUGCAAUCGUGGAUUCUUCGCAGGGUUUUCUAUCUCUUUGCACGGCCAUUGCUCGGGAAAAUGAACAAGCAAAAGGUGGAGAAUACAUGGACGGAAGCGCUGCGAAAGUGGCUUGAGGAGCCUUUGGCCCCCGACGAGUUGUUCGAAUACCAGGGACACAACUUACCAAUGUGGGCCGCGGCACAGCGAGCUGUUCCACGAUACGAAGCUGUUUUAUCAUCUGCUGGCUCUCGUGGCAAGUUGAUCCGGAGAUUUCUUACGUGGAUGCGAAUUCUACCGCCGGAAAAGACCGAGGUGACUAAUCUCUUCCCUGAAUCGUCACCAACAAAGGAACCAUCGCUAAGGCCAAGUUAUCUAAACAGGGUUUCCAUGGGAGACAUACUGCUUCCUGCUCUGGAAUCCAAGCUGAGAAGCAGCGUUUGGGAAAAGCUGAAAAACGUUUUCUCGGUUUUUCUCACAAAAUCAAGCUUGGAGGAACCGGCUUUCAAAGAGCUCGUUGUGAUGCACGAAAGAGCUCCAGUACACGUUGGCGUGGAUCCAUCAGAUCAUUUGAGGCUCGAGCUGAACACUUACAACAACAUUCCUGUUCCCGAUCUCAAGGUUGUGUUUCCAAACAAGAAGCUGAGCUUUAGACUGCUUGACACAGUUCGUUUGGAUCUUACAACAAUUGCGGGGCUUCUUGCUUUUCUUGUGAAUUACAGAUUCGAUGACCUCUUAAGUUCCCCGUCCGCAUUUAUCCUUGACAUUGUCGCAACGGUGUCGCUGCUGGUUUUCGUCACCAGAGUGUCCCUCGGUUACAAGCAAACUUGGGACAGAUACCAGCUUCUAGUGAGUAAGAGACUCAACGAGAAAACUCUUGCGAGUGGUUUCGGAGUCGUGCAUUUCCUCAUCGAUGCUUCGGAAGAGCAACAGGUUUUCCUCACACACACCAAACCAUCGGGAGGCCCAAAUCACCAUCGUGGUUUUCUGCAGUUCAAGCAAGCGGUUUUGCUGUAUGGAUUGCUGCUUCAUAGCCGUCUCAGACACGAAGAUACAAAUCUGGAUCACGUUGGAUCGAUUUGCGAACAGUACGUCAAUGACAGAUUUAAACAACAGAUUGAAAUGCCUGUCAAGGAAGCCGUGGAAACACUCUCUCGACUAGGAGUGAUCACGGUGCUUCCGAAAGAGGGCAAGAUUUUGAUCCAAGCAGUUCCUCACGAGGAGGCGAUUGGAUCGCUCCGGAAGAGAUGGCAAAAUCUCCUCACAGGCGAUCACAAGACUUGGCAUUCGUGAGAGACGACGGGCGCGAAAAUUUGUAUGCGCAUAUUCUCCAGCAGCGGAGCUAUGGCGAGCAAGAUCGUGGCUAGGGUUUCUCCCAAGCAGCUCAAGGCGUGCAUUGCCAGGGCGAAUCAUCGCGGCUACUCUAACGCCGCCGCGGCCGCCGCGGCGC